ACGCGCGGGCCGGUCGGCCUCCGCCCGAGCUUCCAGCCGCCGUGCUGGGCUCGAGAGAAGUAACGGUUAUGGGAAUUUAGAACUUCUCCCCUGAGGAGGGCGGCAUGGUCGCCAGUGUCUCCCUCUCCUUCGCCCGGGGGCUGCGUCCUUCUUUAGCUGCCGCGCCCUAAAGGAGUGACGGGCAGGGCCUUCUGUCAGCCAGUCUCCCCAGGGCACCCUGCGCGCCUGUGUCACCAAGUGAUAGGGUAAAAUUUAUGAAGAUAACAUCAUACAGUCAUCCUGCUUCAUCACAAAAAGCAAGAAGGUUCUACUCCCUUAAACCCUCCAUCAAAACACCCAACACAGUCCUAAACCUUAAGGCCCCUGCUUUACAUCCUACGGCUGAGGUGCAGUGUGAUUCUCCAUCUCUUUGAUGAGCGAUAAUCUCAACCUGUUCAGCUUGCAGGAAUUCUUGGUGAUCUUUGGCUAAAGUGCAUUGGUAAUUCUUUGUGUUAUCUGUACCAUCUAUUUCUACGGAGUGGAAAACAUGCUGUUAGGUAGAAGAUAGACAUGAGUAGUGGAGCUGGGAAGAGUGGUCCUAGAGGAUAGCCCAAGACCUCUUCCUGUUUGUACAGCCUGAUAAGCUACUGUAAAACCACAGCUUCAUAUCCAUCACCCAGCAGACCACCUACACUGUGCAUGGGCAAGCAUCUCCGGGCAUCAACUUGAGAGCUAGUCUUAACUGUAGCCAGCCUAUCCCAACCACAUCCUGGUCUCUGCGCAUCCAGUGUGAGGUCUCCGCAGCGGUAAGGCACCAUGUCUGAGAAGUUCACCUGCCACUAUUGCCAGACUGCCUUGCAGGGGAAGAAGUAUGUGCAGAAGGACGGGCAGUACUGCUGCCUCCCGUGCUUUGACAAGAACUGUGCCAACACCUGUGAGGAAUGCCACAACCCGAUAGGUGCAGAUUCCAAGGAGGUGCAGUAUAAGAACCGCUACUGGCACAACAACUGUUUCCAUUGUGCCAAGUGCAGUAAACCCUUGGCCACUGAGGCCUUUGUGUCUUGGGAAAACAAGAUCCUGUGCAACGAGUGUGCCACUCACCUGGCCUCCCCAAAGUGCAGGGCGUGCCUCCAGGAUAUUGUGCCAGGAGACCAGAAUGUGGAGUACCAGGGUACCAUCUGGCACAUAAACUGCUUCACCUGCAGCAACUGCCAGCAAGUCAUCGGAACCGAAAGUUUCUUCCCUAAAGACGAGAAAUUCUACUGUGUGUCCUGCCAUAAGAAUGUAUUUACCAAGUAUUGUGCGAAAUGCAAAAAGCCCAUUAUAGCCGGAGGAGUCAGUUACCAGGAUCAGCUCUGGCAUAGCGAGUGCUUUGUAUGUGCUUCCUGCUCUAAGGAGCUGGGUGGGAAACGUUUCACUGCUGUGGAAGACAGGUAUUAUUGUGUGGAUUGUUACAAGAAUUUUGUGGCCAAGAAGUGUGCUGGAUGCAACAACCCCAUCACUGGGUUUGGGAAAGGCUCCAAUGUGGUGGGCCAUGAAGAACAUUGCUGGCAUGACUUCUGCUUCAACUGCAAAACCUGUUCUGUAAACCUGGCGAGCAAGCGCUUUGUGUUUCAUGAUGGGCAGGUGUAUUGUCCUGAAUGUGCCAAAAAGCAAUAACUUGGCAAGAGCUCCUGUCCUAUAAAAUGGCAUCUGACCCAUGCUUUGUGUUCUUACUCUCUCUGCCCUGCUCCAGCCAUAGGGGAAGAGUGGGCUUUCGCCUCUACGAAGUUGUCCCUCUGUCUUCUCUUACAUUUUACAGCAUUGCUCAGCUAAGAGUGCACAGU